ACAACAUAGAAAUGAAAUUGAAAAAAAUAGAUGAAAAAUAAGGAACUACGUUCCAAUAGUAAAAAUACGGAAAAAUGUGCUUCAUACACCGUUGAGGAUCACGUAAAUUAUAAACAGAAUUUGACUUCUCUAAAGAAAGAAUUCGUUGAAAAAUAUUCGGCAGAUAUAAAGUAUGACAAAUCUGCAGAGGAUUUUGAAAUUGUGAAGACACUGGGCGUCGGGUCGUUCGGGACGGUGCUGCUCGUACGUGACAAGGUGACCCUCGACUUCCACGCCAUGAAAGCUUUGGAGAAAUCCGCGGUCAUGACGAGGAAUUUCUUGCAACAGCUGACAGUAGAGAAGAAAAUCAUGGAGAGCAUGUCCUUCUCGUUUGUGAUGACGCUAGAUUUCUGCUGCAAAGAUAACCUGUACGUAUACUUAAUUCUGCCUCAUCAGGCCGGCGGAGAUCUUCUGGGUUUGAUGAAAAAAAUGGGCGAAUUCUCCGAGCCGGUGGCGCAGUUCUACGCGGCCCAAGUCGUGCUAGCCCUGGAAUAUCUACACCAUUUGAACGUCGUCCACAGGGAUGUGAAGCCGGAAAACAUAUUUAUUAACGCGUCCGGAUACAUUAAACUCGGCGAUUACGGUUUCUGCAAAAUAAUAAAGAAGCGAACGUUCACGCUGUGCGGGACACCCGAGUACAUCGCCCCGGAGGUAAUUCUCUCUAAGGGAUACACGUUCUCGGUAGACUGGUGGUCGCUGGGCGUGCUGAUAUUCGAGAUGAUCGCCGGCUACCCGCCGUUCUACAGUAACGAUCGAGUGAGCUUGUACGAUAAAAUCGUGGCGGGCGAGUACAAGGCGCCGUACCACAUGACGUCGAUGUGCAAGUCGAUCGUUAAAAGUUUACUAGCGGUCAAUCCCAGUAAGCGAAUCGGUGCGCAGAGAAAUGGGGUCUACGAUAUUAAGGUUCACGAUUGGUUCGGCGAUUGCAGCUGGGAGGACCUGCUGCACCAGCGCCUGACCCCACCGUACACUCCGGCCUGCGAAGAAGUUGAAGAUGCAUCCAAUUUUCCGAAAUGUCCGGACGUUAAAUUGAAAAAAUCAGCUGUGUUCCGAGCGCUAGAGUACCCGGCUGAGAUGUCGAAGCAGGAGUAUAUGCGGGACCGUAUCCUCACACAGAGAUGGAAUCUCAUAAGAGUGAUCUCAGAUUACAACGUCAACAGAACCGUAGACGUCAACAUAGAGAAGUUACUUAGUGAUCAAUUAGCCGCUUAUGAAAGAGUGUUGGAAGACGCUUGCGGCAGCGGCCUUGCAUUUCAAGUGGAAAGGAAUUUUCCUCCAUCAGAAGAAAAGUGGAGUAUAUUACAAGCUGUAUUUUUCUCGUCGACUGUGCUCACUACAAUAGGUUACGGGAACAUAGUGCCGGUGACCUUCUGGGGGCGGCUGUUCUGCAUCGCGUACGCGCUGGUCGGUAUUCCGCUGACGCUGACGGUCAUCGCUGAUCUGGGCAGGGUGUUCGCUACCGUCGUGUCCGUUGUCGCCAAGCAGCUGCCGACGAUGCCGAGAUUCUGCACCCGCGUGUCAGACGUAAACCCCGCGGGUCAAAGAUCGCUUUACGCGUUUUGGGCAGUCGGGUUCCUAUUCCUGUACCUGUCCGCCGGGGCUUUGCUGUUCAAAAUGUGGGAGGACGACUGGAGCUUCUACGACGGGUUCUAUUUCUGUUUCAUAACGAUGACGACCAUCGGAUUUGGAGAUCUUGUGCCAAAACGGCCGAAGUACAUGCUGCUGUGUACGCUGUACAUACUUAUCGGCUUGGCACUGACUUCGACGAUUAUCGAGCUGGUGCGGCGGCAGUAUGCCAGGUCCUGGCAGCAGUUGCGGGCGCUGUCUGGCCCGCUGGCAGACACGUUGCGGAGACUGGGCGACGCCGGCCGCGGAGUCGACGUGUCUGCGCUCCAGAACGAUCUAAGGAAGGUCCUGACUGUGGUCACAAUGCCCCGACUGAGCGGCGGACGUGACUCUCUCGCUGAGAAGAGGCAGCUAGAAUUCGAGGUGGCUCUGGAGGCAGUGAUACGAAACAUGACGCACCCCCUGCCCAAACAGAAACCACCGAUUGUUCAAAUUGUUAUAUACGAGUCUUCAGUCUAGUUUUAAGGAUGAGUAAAAAUAGAAGAAAAUGCAUUUAGAGAUGAGCACGCGCACAGCUAUAAAAUUAUUAAAAAAAUAACAAAGUGAAUUUGCCGUUGAUCAAGGAAAUGACUUUGAUAUAACACAUUGGACACACUCCUUGUCGGCAAUCGAUCAAACUUAUGCGUGUUUCUACAUAAUAAAGUCAAGAAAUUUACAUGAAAAA